AUUCCUAUACAUUAAAACUAUAGAAUAUCAACGCACUAUACUUAAAAUUGUCGACAAGCAGUCACUUUUUCUAUGCCCAUUUUAUAUAUAAUUCACAUGACACAUCUGUGUUCAAGGAAAAAGAGCGAAGAUGAGGGGACUGUUUCCGCCCCUAAAGUUUUUCUACUAUAUAAAUUUAUAUACUAUUCGCUAGAAAAAUUAAGCCUUUGUUUAUUGUCAUGAGAUAAUUAUAAUAUUAUAAUACUUCUUUGACAAAUUUUGUACAUAUAACAAUUUCUAAAAGUGAUUGUAUAUUUAUGUACGCUUUUUGUACAACUCUUUUUAAUUUUAACUACGAUUUGAAAGGAAAUUAACGUGAUUUUUACUAUUUUUUACUCAUGGCUUUACGUAUGAUGUCAGCAAUAGUGCCAAGCACACAUAAUAUAAUUGAUUCUAAUCAAAGUUAUGAUCAUGCAUCAGAACUGGAAAAUUUAUUGGCUGCUGCAAAGAAGUGUCAUAUUAGAUUUGGUGGGCGUACUGAAUUAGCAACUGAAUCAGAUAUAUGUGUCACACAAUUAUGUCAUAUAUUUGAAUCAAUUUUUAGUCAUGGAUUACGUAUAAACUGUAUUGAAAAAAUUAAUUCAGCUUUAAGGCAUGUUUCAGACAUAGUGUCCGGUGGUAAUACAAAAUCAUGUAAUACAUCAGAUAUGGCAUUUUGGCCUUGUAUAAAAGAACAAUUAACAUGGCAUGAACAAGAACGUUUUAGUGUAUUAAAAAAGGUUCAUACAGAUUAUGGCAGAGGUAGAGCAUGGCUCAGAGCUGUUUUAAAUGAACGUUCUUUAGAACGUCAUUUACAUGCUAUACUUGAUCCUUCAAUAUUGUCUCCAUUUUAUGAAGAUUGGGCAUUUUUACUUGAUCAGGAACGAAGUGCUAUAUUGCCAAAUGUAGCAGCAGGACUUGGUAGUAUUUUAUUUGCAAUUAGGAUAGAUAAUGAAGAAUUAGAUAAUAAUUUAAAAGGCAGAGAAAUGGAUAAACAAAAGGUUUCAUUAUCUGAACCAAUAAUAUCAUCUUCAAUACCAGGGCCUACUUUAAAACAGAAACAAAGAAAAAAAGUGCCAGUCCAUAUAAUUUCUUUUGAUAAUGAAAAUGAUGAACAAGAAAACACAGAAGUUUCCAUUUCAGUCAGUGCUCCUCCAACUUGUCUCAAUUCUCCUACAGUAACAUCAAUAAAAACUUCUACAUCACAUAGUUUAGUUUCACAAUCUCAAAUAGAAACAAAUAAUAUUACUACAAUAACAAGUAAAGAAAAUUCUGAUUGGGAAAAUAAUGAAACCUUUGAAGAAGAAAAAAUAUUAACACCAAUCACAAAUUCUGGAAGUAUGGGUGGACUUGUUCCUGUCUCACCUUUAGAUCAAACAUUAGAUGAUAUGUUAAUAACAUUACCAAGUUAUCUAGAUGAUUCAUCUGAAGUUGCAGAACCUGCAAUUGAAGCUACUGAACCUUUUACAGAUUUGGAUAUUCAUAUAAAUAAUGAUAGUUUAGAUAUUGAGACAUUACAAGUUAAACUUUUAGCUAUGACUGAAAUGUUAGAACAGGCUAAAGAAGAUGCUAUGACUAGUAGAUUACAACUUGGUCGUUUACAAAGACAACAUCAAAAUUAUCUUGAAAGACAUGAAUUACAAAUACAAGCAUUAAAUCGAGAAAAUGAAUUAUUAAGACAACAAUUACGAAAAUAUGUAACAGCAGUACAAAUGUUAAGAAGAGAUUCGGAUUCUACUACAGUUUCUGAAGAAGAUCCAUCAUUAGAUUAUCAUUAUGAAGCUCAACAAUAUGAAGAGAAAUUAAUUCAGGUUGCAGACAUGCAUGCAGAACUAAUGGAAUUUAAUGCUAGAUUAACUUUACAAUUAAAUGACAGAGAUAGAUUAGUUAAGUUGUUACAAGCUGAAUUAGAGUGCCUUCGCGGGCCUAUAAAUGAAGAUGAUUUACCAUUGGAACCACCAUGUCUUAUACAUAUAUGGAUUCCAUCUGCAUUUCUUACUGGGCAAUCUUCUGAUAUACAUCAUGUUUACCAGAUAUACGUACGUAUUAGAGAUAUUGAAUGGAAUAUAUAUAGACGAUACGCUCAAUUUCAUGCACUUUAUAGAGAAUUAAAGAAACAUGAUGCAAUUGUUACUACUUUUGAAUUUCCACCAAAAAAAACAAUAGGAAAUAAGGAUGCUAAAUUUGUAGAAGAGCGACGACAAAAAUUACAACAAUGGUUAAGACGAAUUGUUGGAAGAUUAGCGCAAUGUUCUCCAGCAUUUGCGUCUAGACCAAAUAGACAAACUCUUAUAUCUUUGAUGCCUUUCUUUGGUGAUAAUCUUAAUACUGAAGAUUCGAAA